UGGCGAUCAGUGCCUACUGGUCAGUGUAGUGCUACUUGCGGACAUGGUGAAAGGCGUCAAAAAAGUGAGUGCAUCCAGAGCCAUGUAGACGGUCGCGAAGACAUCGUUUCGGAUGUUCACUGCCUCAAGCUGAAAAGGCCGAGCGAUCAUGCCUCUUGUUAUGUGGAUUGCUCUGGGCGCAAAUGGACAUAUACGGAGUGGACACCGAAUGAAAUAUGCAACACGCAGUGCACGGAACGAAUUGCUAAUGUAUCAUUCAGAAGAUGGGGAACUAAAUUCUGCAAUUUACAGUGUUCAGAAACAUGCGGUGAUUCUGGAACCAGCCGCCGGCAAGCAUUUUGCACAGAUCAGAACAGCCGUCAUCUCGACGACCGAGCUUGUGAGCUGGCAAUGAGGGAGAAGACAGAGAAGGAGUGCAAUAGGAUGCCAUGUCCUAAAUGGGUUUAUGGCGCCUGGUCCGAGUGUUCUCGAUCAUGCGACGGUGGAGUAAGGGUGCGUCAUGCAUCAUGUCAGGAUGCUGCUGGUCGGGAAGUCUACACGAACUUGUGCAACAACAAAGAGAAACAUGAUCGUGAAAAAUGUAAUGAACAAAUCUGCGCACAGUGGAGAUUCGGAAAAUGGGGAAGUUGCUCAGUGAGUUGCGGCGAUGGGAUCGAAACACGGGAUGCGGUGUGCACGGAUCGAGAGGGCCGAGUAAUUGCACAAAGUUCGCUUCUGUUACAAACACGUGAAGAGACAGUAGUGCUGAUCGUAAAUUGUGGGGCUUCAGUUCAGAAAAUCCAUGAACAGCACAGUAAUUUAGGACCACAUUUCCACAGACUAGAAGCUCCGAUGCUAAUUAUUAUGAAUUCAGCUUUAUGUGAUCGUCGGGAGCGCAUUGUGCAAAAACCGUGUCAUCGUAUGGCUUGUCCAAGCUGGCGCCUCGGAUCUUGGAGUGCAUGUUCGGUGUCAUGCCUUGAUGGGUGGAAAACUCGGCAUGUGUCUUGCGUCGAUGCUAAUGGUAAUGAAGUGUCCAACGAGCAGUGUCUAAAACAAGGCGAAGUCCGACCACAGAGCCAUCAGCCGUGCAGUCAAGGGCCUUGCCCGUUUUGGAGAACGACUGAUUGGUCAAAGUGUUCGGUGUCAUGUGGUACUGGUGUCAGGACACGAAACGUCGAGUGUAUUUAUCGGGAUCAAGUUGUGGAUGGCUCGCUUUUGUUGCCGUGUGCAAUAUGGGAAGUGUUCCCGUGGUCACCGUGUUCUGUGUCGUGUGGCACUGGUCGGCAGACACGUACCAUACAGUGUUUGCGUGGUAAAUCCGUUGUGCACGAGAGCGAGUGCGGCAUGACGGUUCGCCCAAAGACGGAAAAAAUUUGCGAACGAGAGAACUGUGAGGCUAUUCCACAGAACGUGAUCGAAGAUCAAGGCACUGCCGGCGAAAGCAAUGACCAGCCAAAGAUCCGCUGGGCCAUUGGGCCUUGGUCAGACUGCUCGAAGACAUGUGGGAACGGGACGCAGCGCCGCCUUGUGGUAUGCCGCGACCACGUUCGAGAUCUCACCGACACCUAUUGCCAACAUCUGGAGCCCGUUGAGACCUAUCGUUAUUGCCGAAAUAAACCCUGUGCGCAAUGGACCGUUGGGCCAUGGAAGCCGUGCUCAGUGACAUGUGGCGUUCACGCAACAACGGAUCGUCGAGUGAGCUGUGAAUCCACGGAAAGCGAUGAACAAGUUAAAGAAACUGAUUGCGACGUAAUGGUCCGCCCGCAAGCAAUCAGAUCGUGCGGUCUGAGCCCAUGCCCAAUGGGUGAACCCCCUCUGGGAUACUGGAUUACCAAGGAAUGGGACAAGGUUGGCACUAAUGUAUUCUCUCUGCUCUCAGAGUUAGUGAAAAUCUUACUGCCUAAUUAAUU